AGAGAGAGAGAGAGAGAGAGAGAGAGAGAGAGAGAGAGCUGCAUGCAUGUCAAUAUAUUGCGCACAAAAAUGUGCACUAGUUUUGGAUAGAUUAACAUUAUCUAUACGCGAUAUCUGUGGAAUCGUCCAGUCGAAUAUUUUCAGAUCUGGAGCUACAGAACUACAGCAAAGAGAGAGAGUACCUACAGCAGAAACCGGGAAAGGGGGACUGUAGGCUUUGUCGUUGUUUGCAAGUCAUUCUUCCGUUUUGGACCAUUAUAAUACAUGUACUUGAGAUUCAUUGUUUUGUUUUCUGACCCCCAGGGUACGCCAGGCCUGUGACUGCUCCUUCUUCUACUGGCACCGAGUGAUCCUCCCCAACUACCUGACCGACAUGUUUGAGAAUGUCACCGACCCCCCACAGGAUACACUACAUGUUUGGAGCUCUCAAGGACUGUGUUCCAAGAAUGGCCGCCGUGCGUCACAUGGCGACACCCAACGAAUUGGCUGAUCUCCACGACAGAGAAAUAUAUGGCUACUUCAAAGAGGACCUGUUGAGUCCCCUGUGUCGAGCAUUGAGGCGGACCUCCGACUAUAGAUCCACACCCACCUCCAGCUCGACGACAGGAAUCCGUUCAAGGUCGGCAUGAGAGAUCUCUCCCACCUGCUUAGAGUCCGACCAAUCAGAUUGUUUGACAGACUGAUCAACAUCAAAGCCUAUGUGUAGCAUUACCUGAACAAGACAUUCUACAACCUGACCACUGUGGCUCUACACGACUGGAAGACGUACGGCGAGAUGAAGAACAUGGCACAACAGAAGUACUGUCUGAAUCUACUCGAGUCCCACCUACCCAGUCAGACACUAGAACAGGGCCUUGAUGUUUUGGAGAUUAUGAGGAACAUCCACGUGUUUGUCUCCAGAUACAUGUACAAUCUAAACAACCAGAUUUUUGUUGAGCGAUCCAGCAACAACAAGCACCUCAACACGAUGAACAUCCGACACAUCGCCAACUCCAUCCGGACUCACGGCACGGGCAUCAUGAACACCACGGUGAAUUUCACUUACCAAUUUCUGCGGAAGAAGUUCUACAUUUUUUCACAGUUUCUUUAUGAUGAACAUAUCAAGUCCAAGUUAAUCAAGGAUUGGAAAUUCUUUAGAGAAAAUCAUAUGCAGACUGAUCAAAAGUAUCCUGUGGAAAGAGCAGACAAAUUCAACAAAAACAUCAAGAACCUGGGUCUCACUCCAGAUGGAGAUAGUUAUCUGGAUCAGUUCCGGACUCUCAUCUCACAGAUAGGAAAUGCAAUGGAAUACAUCCGUAUGAUCCGGUCUGGAGGUCUCCACUGGUGUAGCAAUGCUAUCCGGUUCAUUCCGGACAUCGAGGACAUUGUCAGCUUCGAGGAGCUGUGUAAGGAGGAGAACUUGUCCUCAGAGUGUCAGGCUGCCGCCAAAAACCUUGACAAUGUGGUUGGCAAUUUAGCUAGAAACUUUGCAGAGGGCACAGAGUAUUUCAAAAUGCUGGUUGAUGUCUUUGCCCCAGAAUUCCAAAAUAUGCACCUGAGGAACUUCUUUGUAAUUCUUCCUCCACUGACUGUAAAUUACAUUGAACAUUCCAUAAGUUGUAAAGAGAAAAUGAGCAGAAGAAACAAAGUGGGAGCAGCCUUCACUGACGAUGGCUUUGCUAUGGGAGUGGCCUACAUCUUGAAGCUGUUAGACCAGUAUCAUGAGUUUGACUCUCUUCACUGGUUCCAGUCAGUCAAAGACAAAUACAGGAUAGAAAAGGAGAAGCAGAGACAGGCUAUGGCCAACAGGGCGGAUGAGAAAUCCCAACAGACCAUGACCCUGACAGUGAAGAGGCUAGACCAAUACCAGCAGGAAUAUGACCUGCUCAACUAUUCCCUCAGCAGUGCCAGGAUUUUCUUCCGUGCUGAUAAAACUGCCGCAGAAGAGAACGAGGAGAAAAAAGCUGAUGGAGAGCCGAGUACCAGUUCAGAUCCUGCUCAGGCCACCAGUCAAACUACAACAACUCCAGCAGAUUCCAGUGCCCCACCGCCUCCAGCUGCCCCGGCGGCCCCUGCUGCCCCACCCCCUCCGGCCCCAGCCCCAGCCCCACCACCAGGUGGCCCUCCCCCUCCUCCUCCUCCACCUCCACCCCCGCCUCCGCCCCCGCCCCCUCCAAUGUAAGCAACAGUGGGAUGGACUCAGUACUCCAAAACCCAGUGUCCACAUACAAUAUAGUAAAAGGACCUAUGUGCAAUUUUGUAAAAUCAGAUAUAGGACAUAAACAAUACAUGUAUAUAUUUUUUGAAGAACUCUAUAGGAAAAAUGAAUUACAAAUUGUGAAGUAUACUUAUUUGUGAUAAUACUAAUUUGGACAUGAUUAGGAUUUAUUGUUGAUUCACAUUAUGGCUUUGCUUUAAGUUUGAAAUUGUGCUAUAUUGAUGCUAUUUUUGUGGCUAUGAAAGCUUAUAAGUGCCAAACAGAGAUUAUGAACAAUAUUGAUGUAUCUAAUAAGAAAUAAAAUAUGCAAUCUUA